CUUGGCCCCUCAACAAAUGUGUAUCGAAUUUCAAAUCCUCCUUUCCAUUCACUUUUGCUGAAGCUUCUCCUCCUCUCCCUUUCUCUCUCUCUCUCUCUCUCUCUUUCUUUCUCUUCUUCUUCAGCUAGCCUUGGUGCUGGUUCAUGGAUAUUGAACCCUUGUGGGCUCUUGGGGGGUGGUUUCUUUUUUCUAUUACUUGCAUGGCAACACCAAAAUCACAGUCAACAAGCAGUGAAACCUUCAAAAGAUCACACCAUUUCUUUCUCUUCCUUGCACUUCUUUUCGUUUUUAUUUUACUCACUAGCCCUAGCAAGCCAAUAAACCCAACAGACACGGUUAUUGCAUCAAUUUCCAUCAAAAGGCUUCUAUUAGAAUCCUCAGAACCAGCCUCUACUACCAUGAACUUGCAUCCAAAACAUACGCAAGGCACGCGCACUUCUUCUUCUUCAUCAUCACCACCAUCAUCAAAAUCCACGCGUAAGAAGUUUGGAGCUCAGGCUCAUGAAGUUCCUAGCGGUCCAAACCCUAUAUCGAACAGGUAAUUAAUUAAGUUGAUCAUGAUGAAGCACAGAAAACUUGCACUGCCAUGAGAGCCUGUUGUUGAAGAUGAUAGUUACAGAAUUGCAACUGUGAAGUUAUUAUGAAUUUGUCAUCUUUAUUUUGAUUGUUUUCGUGCACCAUUAAUACUGCUUGUCCUCAGUGAGAGGUUUGUUACUGUGUUGUUGUGUCAUCAUCCUUAGCCUUACCCUUUUUUCUCUUAUCUUUUUUUGGUGUUUGUUUUGAGGUGGGAAGGGUUCUUUUUUUCUUACUAGAAAUUAAUGUAUAGCAAGAGAGAAACUCUAUAUAAUUUUAUAUCUUGGUAUAUGUAUGCUUCCGUCUAUAUAUUUGAUUCAUAUAUAUAU